AACAACCAAGCUGAGUACACUAAAUACUGACGCUCCUGCAAAUGGUUUGUUAGCGCUGAUUUAUUACCCCCUUAAAAAUAUGGACUGGAUCAGCCUAGGUGGAAUGUAAAACAACAUACAUCGUCGUACAAAACCGAAUGAAGAGUGCUAUUCAAAACUAGUGGAAGAUUCUGGCUUUAAGAUUUAUUUCCCAGCUAUUAUUUGCGCAACAUGCAUCCUCCAUUGCAAAUUUGAUAUUUUGUCCCUCAAAUUACAGCGUGGAUUCGUGCUGCUGUUGACAGCGGCGUUAGGCUUUCAAUGGCUCUGGAUAAUGGAAAAGCAAGGAUACACGAUAAGGACUUUGAGCGACAUCCUUCCGCAUUCCCCGAGGGUUGAUUUAAAUCCACAUUAAUACGACCGUGGAUUUCUCUAGACAAGUACACUUCACAGCUUCAUCACCCGACUUUCCACUUUAAGGCACAGCCAGUGGAUGAGAUCGCCACUGCCAUAUUUUACAGAUCGCGAUUAAAGGAAGCGCUGUCAUCAUGGAAGGGUUUUUUUUUUUGUUAGCGCCGAAAUGAAGGACAAGAAGGCGGUGUGUUGGGCUGGCGAUUUUUAUUUUUCAGUUAGCCAUGGUAAUCGCAGGGUAAAGUUGCUGUAAGUGAAGUGAGCGAAGUCCCCCAUCGGCUCACGGUCGUGUUGAUAAUCUGAAGCAGUCUGUGAAAACCUCGCAACGGCAGCACACAGCAGACCGAGAACCAGUAGAACCACUUUAAGCAUUCCUAAUCACACAUCCAACAGUUUAACUCGGAUCCUGGCCGGAAACGAACCACCUCCUGCAAUAUUAUGAACUCGCAGGAGCCGAGCCGGGUGAUAAACUGUAACAGAGCACUAGACUGAACACGGAUCCGCGCUCGGACCAUGAAAAUGUAUGCCUGGAUAACGCAGACCAUCGCUUUUGCAUCCUUCGUCCUUUCUUGGGCUGAAACCAUCGAAAGCUACGGAGAGAUUUGUGAAAAUCUCUGCUCCUGCGAAGAGAAAGACGAAGUGCUGGUCGUGGGUUGUGAGAACAGCGAGAUCAUCAGCCUGCUGCAGAUCAGUCCGCCGCGGUUCUCUGUCUACCAUCUCUUUCUAACCGGGAAUCUGCUCCAUCGACUGUACUCGAACGAGUUUAUUAAUUUCACUGGGGUUGCUAUACUACAUCUGGGUGGCAACGAGAUACAGGACAUCGAAGCGGGCGCUUUCAACGGGCUGCGGGCGACUCGGAGGCUGCACCUCAAUAAUAAUAAAUUGGAAGCGAUACGAGAUGAUACUUUUUCUGGACUGGAAAAUUUGGAAUAUCUCCAGCUAGAUUAUAACUACAUCAGCUCGAUCGAAGGCCGUGCCCUCAAUAAACUACACAUGCUGCAAGUCCUAAUACUGAACGACAAUCUCCUCAGCACCUUGCCCAGCAACAUUUUCAAACACGUCCCUCUCACCCACCUUGAUUUGCGGGGCAACAGGCUCAAGAUGUUGUCCUACGCGGGGCUUUUGGAGCACAUGGAUAGAGUGGUCGAACUGCAGCUGGAGGAAAACCCCUGGAACUGCACCUGCGAUCUCAUAGCUCUCAAGGCCUGGCUGGAGAGCAUCUCUUACACUGCCUUGGUCGGGGAGGUUGUUUGUGAGACGCCUUUCCGGCUCCAUGGCAGGGACCUGGACGAGGUCGCCAAGCAGGAGCUAUGUCCCAGGAGAUUGAACAUGGACUCGGAUUGGAAACCCGUGCCCCCUUUGACCACACACGGUUAUUUCUACACCACUGCAGCGCCGGCAACCUCCUUCAUUACUUCUUCGCCUGUAUCCAAGUUCGCAGCCAAGGCCCCUAAAGGCACUCGCCUCCCCAAAGUACCACGUGUGCGCGCCACCUCCAAGGGCCCCUCCUUAAAAGAAGGAUACAACUAUGGACCAAUUUUCGCCUAUCAGACCAAGCCUCCUGUGCCUUUAGUGUGCCCUCGCCAAUGCACGUGCAACAUGCAGAUCUCCGACCUCGGUCUUAACGUAAAUUGCCAGGAAAGAAAAAUCGAAAGAAUAUCGGAACUGGAGCCAAAACCCUAUAAUCCCAAAAAGAUGUACCUCACUGGGAAUUACAUUCUGACCGUGCGACGCUCCGAUUUCUUUGACACGCCAGGAUUAGAUUUAUUGCACCUUGGCAACAAUAAAAUAACCGUGGUUCAGGACCGUGCUUUCAUGAACCUGACACAUUUGCGCCGACUUUAUCUCAAUGGUAAUUACAUCGAAAGACUCACUUCAGAGAUAUUUGACGGCCUGCGAAGCUUGCAGUAUCUCUACCUAGAGUACAAUGCCAUCAAAGUGAUAGUGCACGGCACCUUUCGGCCGGUGCCCAGUUUGCAGCUGCUCUUUAUAAAUAACAACCUGCUGAGGGCUUUUCCCGGGGAUAUCUUUCUUGGUUUGAAUUUGACCAGGCUCAGUUUGCGGAGUAACCGUUUCACCUCCCUGCCUGUGGUUGGAGUCCUCGAGCAACUUAAAUCUUUAAUACAGAUCGAUCUGUACGAAAAUCCCUGGGAUUGUACUUGUGAUAUAGUGGGCAUGAAGCUUUGGCUGGAAAAGUUUAAUACUGGCACGCUUAUAAAUGACGUGAUCUGUGAAUCGCCCAAAAGGUUCGCAGGAAAAGACCUGCGAACGAUUAAAUCCGAUAUAAUCUGCCCCGAUUACUCAAAUGUAGUGGUGUCGACUCCCAGUCCCUCCGUUACCCAGUCCACAGAAAUACCCACCACCGCGGCCACCCCGCUUCAGUACAUCUCAGACGCCGGCUCGGUGCCGCUCUCCGUCCUCAUCCUGAGCUUACUUUUGGUUUUCAUCACAUCCGUGUUCGUUGCCGCUGGCCUCUUCGUGGUGGUGAUGAAACGUCGGAAAAAGGCCCAGAGCGAUCGGGCCAGCACCAACAACUCGGACGUGAGCUCCUUCAACUUGCAGUACAGUGUUUACAGCCACAGGUCGGCCCCCAAAGCCAAGGGUCCAGUCAGUCAAGUGUACGAGUACAUCCCCCAGCCUCUGGGACACAUGUGCAAGAACCCCAUCUACAGAUCCAGGGAAGGCAAUUCAGUGGACGACUACAGGGAUUUACAGGAGCUGAAAGUCGCCUACAGAAACCAUCCAGAGGAGGAGAGGGAGAACCAGCUGAGUAGCCCCACAUACAGCAUCAGCGUCAUAGAGCCACAUGAAGAAAUCUCCACAGUGCAAGAUGUAGAUCAUUUCUACCGUGGGAUUUUAGAACCCGAGAAGGUGUCGCCCAGUGGGAACAGUGUUGACUAUAAUUAUGGCAGCCCACCAAACUAUAAUUACUCACCAAACUAUGAAGUUAGACGUCAAUAUUUACAUCCAGAAGGGAUGAGGGAGACGGUGCUGUAUGGGGCACCCAGUAAUUUAUAUGCUGAGCAAAUUAGAAAUGACUAUCUGGAACUCAAGGCAAAGUUUCACGUUGAGCCAGACUACCUCGAAGUUCUCGAAAAACAGGCCACGUGCAGUCAGUUCUGAGCCAGAGAGUUGUUUAUAUACAGUAUUUAUUUAUAAUUAUCUGGGUUUUUUUCUCUCUGGUUAGCAUCAAUAUUUGAGGUGAAUGCAUUGGCACCAGAUUGUCACCUUGAACGGAUAUUUAAACAAGGGGUGUGCAGCACAAACACAUGUCCACUGAAACAUUUGAAUUUGAUCAAGGAUCCAAGGAGUUCAACUGAAGGUGUUAUGAUGGCAGUAGGUAUAAGUAAUCGUUUUGGGUGUUAUUGCUUCUAAAGGGACGUUGCGGUCUUAUUAUCUUUUGGGCUACAAUAUAGUUUUUAACUAAAGUGGCAUUACAUCUAAA